AAGCAUUUUGAAUGUAGCAAUGUCAGGCCUGAGGACUUUGUCAAGUUUAAUUCAUUUCAACUAAAGGACCAAGCUGUUGAGUGGUUUCAACAAUACAGAGAUUCCAGAGGAGUUCGUGUGAUUACCUGGGAUGAUUUCCGCCGAGACUUCAAAGCACAUCACAUUCCAACAAGUGUUGCUGAGAGAAAGUGUGAAGAGUUCCUCAAUCUCAAGCAAGGCAGCAUUUGCUCAGCUCAAAGAAGUUCUGGCUUCCUCCUCCUCCUGGGAAGAUUG